UGUUUUAUACUAUAAUGCGUUCAAAAACUAUCUGUCAUGUUUUCUGAUCUAAAACCUUUAAAUAGUUUCUGCUGGAACAGACUUCAGUGUAACUGCUGAUUAUAUCACAAACCAAGAACACCAUUUCGCCUGAAGUGGCAGCUUGUCUCGUURUUCAACAUCAGUCAAGGUCUUUCUGUUAUCCUUCAGCCAUAUGGCUCUUUCCCAUCAGUUUUUACCUCCUGGGCUGUGGGAAGUAUGAAACGCAAACAGCAGGACAAGAGUUUAAAAAGCGCUCCAGUGUGAGCUGAAGUCACAUUCAGACAGACGUCAACAUGAAYGCCCUGGUAGUCCUGGUUUUGCUUGGAGCAGCAUUUGUUGCAGCUGAGGAUGAGAAGGUUGUCGGGGGAUAUGAGUGUCCCAGAAACUCUGUGCCCUACCAGGUGUCCCUGAACGCUGGAUACCACUUCUGUGGUGGGUCUCUCAUCUCCAGCCUGUGGGUGAUUUCUGCCGCUCACUGCUACWUGUCCUCCCUCCAGGUGCGCCUCGGUGAGCACAACAUCGCCGUGAACGAAGGCACGGAGCAGUGGAUCAAUGCCGCCAAGCUGAUCAGGCAUCCACAGUACAACAGCUACAACCUGGACAACGACAUCAUGCUGAUCAAACUAAGCCAGCCUGCAGCCCUCAACAGCUACGUCCAGACCGUGCCCCUGCCCUCCCGCUGCCCCGUGGCUGACGACAGCUGCCUGGUGUCCGGAUGGGGCAACACGUCCGCCAGCGGAAGCAACUACCCCGACAGGCUCCAGUGUCUGAGGCAGCCCAUCAUCCACGACACGAUCUGCAGGAACGCCUACCCGCACCUCUUCACGGAGAACAUGGUGUGCUCCGGAUUCAUGGKUGGAGGUGCCAGCAGCUGCCAGGGUGACUCGGGUGGUCCUCUGGUGUGUGGGGGUCAGCUGCAGGGAGUUGUCUCCUGGGGCUAUGACUGUGCCAUGCAGGGACACCCCAGCGUCUACACCCGCGUGUGCCGCUACAACAGCUGGAUCAGUUCCACCAUGUCCAACAACUAAACUCCUGCUGUCAUUAACAUCUCAUCCAGCGUUUAGUUGGAACACACAGUGCGUUAUGGUUUAACAUUUAUACAUUUAAUUACCAAUAGAAAACAGUAGAAAUGAAUAAAAAAGACCUGCUUGGA